AGAUCAGCACGCAAAUGUUGGAAGUUAAGGUCACCCUUGAAAUCCAAGAGAUCAAGGAAACUCUGAAAUCGGUAAAAGAUGCUCGCUUCCCCAAUCGUGUAAACGACCAUCUUGAUGCUUCAAGUGUCAUCAAGUACAGCAGUAAAAUUGUCCGCCGAAGUUUAAGUGCCCAGCGCAACGUUUCUGGCGAUUCAGAAGAAGCUGAUACUGCAAUAAAAAAGUACAUGGCCUCUCUUAUCACUGAAUCUAUCGAGUCUUAUUGUCAACCCACGAAGAAAUUGUGUAUGGCAGGUCCCCCUGGACCAGAGGGAAUUCCAGGAAAGGACGGUAUAGAAGGUCCAGAGGGCCUCCCUGGAAAACCUGGAUUGCGAGGAGACACUGGGGUAGAUGGAAUAAAGGGAGAUGCAGGAAACCCAGGAAUUAAAGGCCAAAAAGGAGACACAGGCUAUCCUGGAAAUCCAGGACCUAAAGGUGAACCAGGGGAGUCUAUUUUUGCUCCAGAUAUAAAUGUAUCUCCCGCGUCGCUCACAGUCACAGAGAAACAGACCGCCACGUUUAACUGCUCAGCUGAUGGUAAUCCAAAACCCAGAGUAACUUGGAGUAAAGUUAAUAAAACGGGAAUGGAGAAUUUGGACAGCCACGGCAAUGAACUUCAGAUCAGGAAUGUUGAGUAUAAUGACUCGGGGAGUUACGUUUGCAUGGCUGAAAAUGUAUUAGGAAAAGUGCAGAAAGAAGUAACGCUUUUUGUGGAAGUGCCUCCGGAGUUCACAAAGAGACCAGAUCGGUUUCUAAGAGUAAUGGGAAAGUCGGACACCUCAAUCCCUUGCCGAGCAUUUGGCUUUCCUCCACCGACAAUUGUCUGGUCAAGAGGCCUAUUAUCUUUACCAAAAGGCCGAACUUCUGUUACAAAACACAACUUGACCAUCUCCAACUUCAGUCCUGAAGAUGCAGGUGUUUAUCAGUGCAAAGCCGGCAACAAACUUGGCAUUAUUAGUGCGUUGACAACCUUGAAUUACGUCCCACCAGAGUCCUGGAUGAAUUCAGCAAUAAUAGGGGGGGACGCCUUUUAUCAGACUCAACUUCACCAGUUCUUGACACCCGCAGUCGGAAGUCAUCCUCAGUGGCUGCUGUGUUUCCGCGCUUGUACUCACGGCUGGGCGGCCAGUACUUUCCACAGCAGAUGUGAUGGGAAGCGGAACACGGUCACUAUCAUAAAAGUAGGACAGUACGUAUUUGGAGGAUACACGGACAUUCCCUGGGAAUCUAGCGGUGGAUAUGGUUACACUUCCAAAGCUUUCAUAUUUUCCCUCCGCAAUACAAGAGGACUGCAACCAUUUAAAAUCAUGGUGAAACAGCCAGAAUAUGCCAUUUACAAGCAGUCCAGCUAUGGUCCAACAUUUGGCUACAACUAUCUGCUCUUCAUUGCUAACAACGCCAACGUCGCCAUUGUUCGCCAGCCCUCAAUCCUUACAUUCGUUUCAAAAGAGAUGGUCUCAAAGAUGGAGUCCAAAGCGAAUAAUAAUUCGCAUGUUUUCCUGUUUGGCUUCUCAUUCAACUUAAUUCUCACGCUGGGCUCACUUGGUUUCACUUGUUAUUCUCUGCAACGAUUAGAUUCGCGUUUGAUAGCGGUUGAACAAAAUUUACGGAUGCCGAAUCCUUCGUCUGAGCUUGGAAAUCGCGUAAAUUCUCUGCCUACAAUUACGCAUCCUCGUCCAAGAGGAGCACAAAUGGAGGAAAUUGUUCGCGUGAGAAGAGCUACAGAUACAUCAUCCUUGUGCCGCAAAUGUAGCAACGUCUGUGCUAAGUCGAAUGGAAAUCGAAGCAACUCGACCGAGGGAAACAUCAUUUGCGUUAAAGGUCGUGUUGGACCAAAAGGCCCACCAGGUCCCCCGGGUUUACCAGGAUCGGCUGGGCCCCAGGGUCCUCCCGGCCCGGCUGGAAAAAGAGGAAAAAAGGGAGCAAAGGGGCGACCAGGACCUCCAGGAAAAAGAGGUAACAGGGGAUUACCAGGCCCCCCUGGGAUAUCAGCUCAAACGAAGACAGAUAGAAGUGGAGGAAGUCAGUUAAAACUGCCACUCUUCAUUGAAAAGCCUCCGUCUUCCCUGAUAGUUCGAGAAAAACAAAGCGUCACAAUUCCUUGUGAAGCCACUGGCUUCCCACAACCUGUGGUCACAUGGUCUAAAAAUGGGCGCCUGAUAGAGGACAAAACAAAGCAGUUUAAGAAAAGGAAUUUGGAAAUAAGCGAAAUGAAGUUUGAGGACCGUGGCAUGUACACCUGCACAGCAGAGAAUCUGUUGGGAAGAGUCGAGUUAUCAGUGAACAUUACAGUAAGAGUACCAGCAAAAUUUAUCUCCGAGCCUAAGCGUUCUGUGACAGCCUACAAGACAUGGGACAUGACUCUGAAAUGCGACAUCUUUGGUUUUCCCUCCCCUUUAAUCACGUGGACGAGAUCAAGGGAUCAACUGCCUAUCAACAGAAACGUCAUUGAUGGUAAUCAACUUACGAUUAAGAACACAAAGAAGGAAGAUGGUGGAGCAUAUGUCUGCCAGGGGGCUAAUCCGCUGAGAAAUGUGAUGGCUGUGUUAUUUUUGUUUUCCACUUGCUGCUUUCAAGGUCGGAGAAUUUGUCCACCGCUGAAAAACCCAAAGUAUGGUCUCAUUUACGGCGGUGAGUUUUGGGAAGGAAAGCAAGUUUCAUAUACUUGUAAGCCUGGUUUUGGACUGAUAGGACCACUGCAACGUCGCUGCUUGAUGAACGGUUCAUGGACUGGAAGUCAGCCUGAAUGUAAUGCCGUGUCGGCGCUUUGGAAGGCCUCAGCUAUAAUAGCAGGCAAUCUGUAUUACUACAGCAACCUACAUCAGUUUCUGAAACCUGCGGCUGGAAGUCAUCCUCAGUGGCUGCUGUGUUACCGUGCCUCUACUCACGGUUGGUCGGUCAGUACUUUCCACAACAGGUGUGAUGGGAAACCUAACACAGUAACUAUCGUAAAAGCAGGGCAGUACGUGUUUGGAGGAUACACUGACAUUCCAUGGGCUCUUGUUCUGUAUUGA